AUGUCUUCUCUUAUCCUAAACUCAAUUGCUUUAGAAACUAUCAGUUGCAUUUCCUACCUGGAUAACUCCAUCUUAUCACUCUCUAUUAAAAUUUUUGGAAUCCCUUACCUUCAACACUUCGUCAAUAACAAUACAUUCUCCUUACCUUAUCUUAUCCACAAUCGGGCAAAGGUUCUUGAAUUCAUGCAGAAAAUCUCCGACAGUAGUGCAUUAGACAAUCGCAUGUCUCAAAUCAUCUCACAAAGGCAACAAUAUCAAACACUUGGAUCAAUGUUUCAUUCAGGGUCGUCUUCUACUUCACGGCCAAUGUCCAAUAAUUUUGGAGUACAUCAACAUUUGAUCGGUGGGAUGAGGCCGAGGAAGAACAAUAAUGUAGGCAUAUUUGAAGAACAAGAGAUCAUGGCAGUUGACCAAAAUCCGAAGUCGAGAUUGGGAACACAUCAAGAAAGAAUAGUCUUAUUGAUAUUCGGCAAAGGCUAUCAUCUUACUAAAACUCAACUUAGAGAUUUCUUUGUUGGACGAUUUGGAGAAAUAAUCGAAGACUUGAUUAUGCAAGAUGUGCCUCAACCACUUUAUGCACGGAUGCUAGUUCAUUCUUCAAAUGAAGUGAAGAUGGUUCUUAGAGGGCAAAACUGCAUUAGGUUCACCAUCAAUGGAAAAUAUGUCUAUGCUCGUAAAUAUGUCAAGAGGAAUCCUAGAGCAUCCGCCAAUUCAUCUUCCCACCAACACUCUCCACCGCCAGUUGGAGAUGGCGCCACAACAUCAGAGGAGGAGUAG